AUGGAUGCGAACGCUACCACUACUGUGUCCUCAUUCCUGGGCAAAGUCGUGGAAAUCUGCAUAGUCACCGCGGACUGCGAAAAAGUCAUCAGCAACCUCGAAAGGCUCGGUAUCGGUCCUUUUGAAAAGUACGCGUUUGAUGGCCAAACCGUCACCAACCGCCAGUUCCGCGGCAAGCCUUCGGACUUUGAGCUCGUGGUUGCGUUUGCUACGCACGAAGAUAUGGUCUGGGAGAUCAUGCAGCCAACAUCUGGGCCGUCCAUCAUGCGCGAGUUUCUGGACACGCGCGGAGAAGGCAUUCAUCACGUAGCCUUUGAAUGCCACCAUGUACCCCAGCAGCAGCGGAGGAAGGAGUUUGAAAGCCGUGGGUAUGACCUAGUUCAAACCGGGAUCUGGCAUGGCAAGAAAGGGACCUGCGAGUUUAUGUUCUUCGACACGGACGGGGCUAUAGGGACGUGCUUCGAGUCAUACACGUUCUCGGACGAUUGGGAAGCUCCAGAGCAGGCAAGCAGGACAAGGACCUGA